GGUAUUUUAACGUAGAACUAACACACUAACUUCCGGUUGUCGUUCGUUGCCGGACGGUAUUCUGCUUUUCCAGUGUUGUUAUUGCCACCCGAUUUUCUGACCUGCCGUCAUGACCCUGUUUCAUUUUGGAAAUUGCUUCGCUUUGGCGUAUUUCCCUUACUUUAUAACAUACAAGUGCAGCGGGCUUUCCGAGUACAAUGCUUUCUGGAGGUGUGUCCAGGCCGGAGCUACCUACUUGUUUGUGCAGCUCUGUAAAAUGUUGUUCCUUGCAACCUUUUUCCCUACCUGGGAAGGAGGAGCUGGAGUUUAUGACUUUGUAGGGGAAUUCAUGAAAGCAACAGUGGACCUUGCAGACCUGUUGGGCCUCCAUCUUGUCAUGUCACGUAAUGCCGGCAAAGGAGAGUACAAAAUCAUGGUAGCCGCAAUGGGCUGGGCAACAGCAGAACUUGUAAUGUCAAGAUGUCUUCCUCUCUGGGUCGGGGCCAGAGGGAUCGAGUUUGACUGGAAAUAUAUCCAGAUGAGCUUUGACUCCAAUAUUAGUUUGGUCCAUUAUAUUGCCAUGGCAGCAGUAGUGUGGAUGUUUACACGCUAUGACCUUCCCAAGAGCUUCAGACUCCCUGUUACUGUGCUGCUGGCACUAUGUGUCUACAAGUCCUUCUUAAUGGAGUUGUUCAUCCAAGCCUUCCUUCUGGGCAGCUGGACCGUGUUGUUGGUGAAAGCUAUGCUGACUGGAGCGAUCUCUCUCUGCUCACUUUUUCUCUUUGUCACCCUGGUGCACAGUAACUAAGUCCAAAACUACUUAUAUUGACGGGACUUACAUGUAAACCACCAAUUGGUAAUCAAACCAAUUCAUCCCCCCAAAAAGUCCCCCUAAUUGUUGAUUUGGUGGACCUGCAAUGGGGCUUAUUCUUUUGCUGUGGAUGCAAGUGACAUCAGAAUACACCCUCUUUUAUAUUGACUGAAACACUGAGAUAUUGUGAAAGGCGGUGUCUUGUGUCACAAAUUAAGCCAUCAUAAGUAACAUUUAUGUUUCUUUCUUUUUAUAUCACAGAUUAACAAUACAUUUUGAUUGUGCAUGUUUGGUAAAGUAUGGGUUUUGUAUGUGGACACUAGAAAUUAAAUUUUAUUUUUAGAAAUGUCGGUCAAUAUCUAUGAAUUGGAAAUAAUCAUUGAGCAACCUAUUUAUUUUUCAUCACAGUUCAAAACAUUUUACGUGUAUGUGAUUAAUACACUUGGAAUGUUCUAAACCUAGGAGAAACAUUACCUGAUCAUUUAUCUAGAAAUACCACAGGACAAAUUCAAACCUGUAACCCAUAGUGUCGAGAAUGUUUCUAUGUGUGGAGAAAAUACAUUGAAUACAGUUUUUAGGGGGGAAAAAAAUUAAUUAUUGUUCUUCCUCAAAUCUGGAUUAAAGACAUAAUCUUCCACUUGCCAUGGCCUCUUACACCUGAGUCUUGUUGGCCAGUUGGAGGAGUUCGUAAGAUGACAUUCCUACAAUAAAUUAAUAAAUAUGAA